AUGACCAAAAAGAAUCUUACCACCGAUGAUGUUUCCAAACACAACACUCAAAGCGACUGUUGGAUGACAGUUCGCGGAAUUGUAUAUGAUGUCACUGAAUUCUUGCAGCAACAUCCUGGAGGGCCUCAGGCACUUCUAGCUUAUGCCGGCGCCGACGCUACGGGAGCCUACGACUCUGUGCACACCCCCGAACUUCUAGAGAAGGAUGCCCCAACGAGCAUAAAGAAUCUUGGCCCCGUAGACCCUCAGAGCGUGGCUAUGGCAGUAGACCUUGGCGCUCUCAAAGACACUUCCAGCAAAAAGCCACCCUUAGAGUCACUAAUUAAUACCUAUGACUUUGAGGCCGUCGCAGAAAAGACUAGCAGUGCAAAGGCAUGGGCGUUCUUUUCAUCUGCAGCGACAGAUCUCAUAUCUAUGAGGUUGAACAAGGAGGCAUUUGAUCGCGUACUGCUGAGGCCAAGGGUGAUGAGGAACAAUAAGGAGGUAGAUACGACUACAACCAUAUUGGGGGUUAGGACGAGGUCGCCAUUCUUUGUAGCGCCCACCGCUAUGGCAAAGAUGAUUCAUCAAGACGGUGAGAUGGCGGUAUCGAAGGGUACUGGUGCAGAGGGGAUUAUUCACAUUAUUUCGACCAACUCCUCAGCUCCCAUUGCAGAUAUCAUAUCAGCUGGUCUAGGUCCAGAAAAGCAAACCCACUUCUUACAACUUUAUGUGAACACAGACCGUGCAAAGACCAUAGCCCUCCUCAAGAGUGCAAGAGAAGCGGGUGUAAAAGCUGUUUUCGUGACUGUUGAUGCGCACCUUGCUGGUAAGCGGGAAGCAGAUGAAAGACUAAAAGUUGAUGUCCCAGUUAAGAGUGCUGUUAGUGGCGCUGUCAGCCAUAACGAUAAAAAGGGCGGUGGUAUGGGAAGGCUUAUGGGCCUGUACGUUGACAGAACCCUCAACUGGGAGGAUAUUCCUUGGCUUAAUAGCGUGUGUGGAGGGUUGCCUAUUGUUCUUAAAGGCAUUCAAACGGCAGCGGAUGCUCAGUUAGCGCUCAAGUAUGGAGUUCAGGGAAUAGUUCUCUCGAAUCAUGGUGGGAGGUCUUUAGAUACCUCUCCACCUUCUAUUUUUACUCUUUUAGAGCUUCAUAAGGUCUGUCCGGAGGUCUUUCAUCAUCUUGAAGUUUAUAUCGAUGGUGGUAUUCGUCGCGGUACCGAUAUCUUCAAGGCGCUUUGUCUAGGGGCCAAAGCUGUUGGGGUUGGAAGACCCUACCUCUACGCUCUCAACUACGGAGCUGAGGGUAUAUCACAUUUGACACAAAUCUUGAAUGAUGAAUUGGAGACGACAAUGAGGAUGUGCGGGGUAACAAACUUAUCACAGGUUAAUCCAGGAUUUGUCAACACGGCAAUGAUUGACCAUUUGGUCCCUGAUUCUACUGGGCAUCCUUAUGUCAAGUGGAGGCCUAAAUCCAUGAUUUAG